AUGGGAAUAGAAGCAGCGCCACUCUCUUCUGUUACUUCUCAUUCGAAGGGUUAUAAUUUAAUUAAAAUAUUGGAGAAAGAAAAUUACUUCAACUCUAUGUCCCAAGAAUUUCAUCAAGGUGUUUUCAGUUUUUUGAAUGGAUUCGAGAGAUCGCAACAAGAACAACAUCAGCAGCAUCAGCAGCACAUAGUAGCACAGCAGAUCCGCCGGGAUAAACACAGAGCUCAAGGCUUUGAGCCACCACAUCCAUUGGUAGGUAUGGAAGAAGAAUCUGGUGGACUUCCAGUGUAUGAAACCGUCGGGAUGUUGUCCGAAAUGUUCAAUUUUCCAUCUGGUACAGCCACAGCUACGGAAUUAUUAGAGAACCAGAUAUCACAGAAUUACCGGAAUUCAAGACAAACUCCGCCCACCGGAGCUGUCUCGAGUGACUGGUUUUCCAAUCGGCAAGGACUGGUGGUGAGUGGUUUAGGGCCUUUGGGGGAUUCAAAAGAACAGACUGAAGUCAAUGACACUGCUCAUCAUCACCACCAGAACCAGAUUUCAGGCAUUAAUGCAGACUCUGCAGCAGCCAUGCAGCUUUUCUUGAUGAACCCACAACAACAAAGGUCACCAUCUCCAUCUCACUCUCAUCAUCCUUCUCAGCCUUCAUCUUCGUCUACUCUCCACAUGUUGCUUCCAAAUCCAUCUUCUUCUUCCACUCUCCAAGCCUUCCACAACCAAGAAGGGGAUUUUGGCGGCGGCGCAUCCCAGUUUACCUGGGUUCCAAACAGUGGCAACGAAAGCAACCCUAAUGAAAUUCCGGGAGUUGUGGAAGGACAAGGGCUUUCUUUAUCAUUAUCUUCUUCAUUACAACACUUGGAGGCAGCCAAGGCUGAAGAAUUGAGAGUUGGAGAAGGAGGGAUGCUAUUUUUUGGUCAAGGUGGAGGGUCAAGUUCAACGCCAUACCAAUUCAAGAAUCUGGGUGGUGGUGUUGGUAAUCAGUCACUUCAUUUACAAGGGGUAGUGGGUCCGAACCACCAGCUACAGGUAGGAUUAGGGUCUUCCUUUUCAUCGGUCCACGUGUUAAGGAAUUCAAAGUACGCCAAGGCAGCUCAAGAAUUGUUGGAAGAAUUUUGUAGUGUUGGUAGGUCUCAAUUCAAGAAGAACAAAUUUGGUAAGCAAAAUACUGCAAACCCUAGUUCCAAUCCAAGGAGCACCGGUGGUGGCGGAGGAAAUUCUCCAUCUUCUUCAAAAGAUCCAACUCCAUUAUCAUCUGCUGAUAGGCUCGAGCACCAGAGAAGGAAGGUUAAACUAUUAUCCAUACUUGAUGAGGUGGAUCGAAGAUACAACCAUUACUGCGAGCAAAUGCAAAUGGUGGUGAAUUCUUUCGACAUGAUGAUGGGAUUUGGGGCGGCCGUACCAUAUACAUCACUUGCACAGAAAGCCAUGUCUCGCCAUUUCCGGUGCUUGAAAGACGCCAUAGCUGCACAAUUGAAAUACUGCUGUGAGCUAUUAGGAGAAAAAGAUGCUGCUGGUUUAUCAGGAGUGACCAAAGGAGAGACUCCAAGACUUAGAAUUUUGGAACAAAGCCUUAGACAGCAAAGGGCAUUUCAUCAAAUGGGAAUGAUGGAACAAGAAGCAUGGAGACCCCAAAGAGGCCUGCCUGAACGCUCUGUCAACAUUUUGAGAGCUUGGCUUUUUGAGCAUUUUCUGCAUCCGUAUCCAAGCGAUGCAGAUAAGCAUCUGUUGGCUCGACAGACUGGUCUAUCAAGAAACCAGGUCUCAAACUGGUUCAUUAAUGCUAGGGUCCGUUUGUGGAAACCCAUGGUAGAAGAAAUGUAUCAACAAGAGGCCACUGAAGAAGAGGCAGAAGAGAGAGAGACUAAUGCACAAACUUCAAUACAGCAGCAGCAGUCCAAUACCACCAUUGCUGCAGAGACAGCUGCUACUGCUUCUGCAAUUACUCCAUCAGGCAAAAGAUCCCAAGUCAAUGAACAAGAAAACGACCCUUCAUUCAUUGCAAUUAAUAAUCAGUCCUCCUCGGAAAACCAGGCUACACAACCCAACAUACCGCCUAAUUCAGCCUCCGCCGUGGCAGCACAAUCUUUUCCGGCAGCCGCGCGCCACCAAUAUGGGACCAUCAAUGCUGUUUCUGGGAAUGCUGAUAUUAAUGAGUCUACGCUUAUAAGAUUUGAGAAAUUCAUUGGUUGUGGAUGUUAUGGGGGAAAGGAAAUAGGAUAUAGUGUUGAAGUUCUUGCCACAAUAGUGGAGGGCAUGAUGGUGGAUAAGGCAGAGCGAAGCGGCUGCAAGGUUUGGAGUCUGAAAUGGUGGCCGCCACCUGUGGAGGGGAUGCCCAAAUUGAACAUCGAUGCAGAAAGUGAGAGACAGUUCGAGAGUGGCAGCGGCUGGUGCAUAUAG